UCUCUGCAGCAGGACCUUACCUGUUCCGAGAUUCAGUACUGUGCUGCGCUUUGUCCGCAGCCUAUUGGUCAUCCCCUGUACUGUCUGCAGUCUCUUGGUCAUCCCCUGUACUGUCUGCAGUCUCUGCUCAUCCCCUGUACUGUCUGCAGUCUCUGCUCAUCUCCUGUACUAUGUCCGCAGUCUCUUGGUCAUCCCCUGUACUGUCUGCAGUCUCUGCUCAUCCCCUGUACUGUCUGCAGUCUCUGCUCAUCUCCUGUACUGUGUCCGCAGUCUCUGGUCAUCUCCUGUACUGUCUGCAGUCUCUGGUCAUCCACUGUACUGUGUCUGCAGUCUCUGGUCAUCCCUGUACUGUGUCCGCAGUCUCUGGUCAUCUCCUAUGCUGUGUCCUCAGUCUCUGGUCAUUUCCUGUAUGGUGUCCUCAGUCUCUGGUCAUUUCCUGUAUGGUGUCCGCAGUCUCUGGUCAUCUCCUGUACUAUGUCCGCAGUCUCUGGUCAUUUCAUGUCUGCAGUCCAUUGGUUCAGAAUAUUUUUUUUCUUGUUUUUCUCCUCU